AUGUCCCAACCAAACCCACCGCCAUUGCCAAACCUGUCGCCGCCGCCAAAGGCCCACAUGCUGCACCGUGAUGCCCAGAUCCCUUCUCCACCCUGCUCGUCCACCGCACCAACACUUCCCGGCACUCCGCGAUCCACCACCCCACCAACAACAGCGCCACCACCCAUCCUCGUCCCCGCGCUCGCGGUGCGGCGCGACAUUCGCUCGCGCAUGCCGUCCCCCAUCGCGCGCUUCCUGGGCCACCGGCCACACGGCGCGAAACCGCCGUUCAAGCCACUGCCGUUCCCGCCGUUCAGCUGGCUGCGCCACAUGCCGCUCAAGUACGAGGUGUGGCUGCUGAGCUGCAUCGGCGCGUUUGUGUCCAUUGCGCUCAUCGAGGCCGUGAUGGCGUCCGCCGGCGGGUUCGCAGACACGGACACGGUGCUCAUUACCGCGUCGUUUGGCGCGUCGGCCGUGCUGACGUUUGCGACGAUUGACUCGCCGCUCGCGCAGCCGCUCCACCUCGUCGGCGGGCAGGUCGUGUGUGCCGUGGUCGGAGUGUGUGUCACGCGCCUGUUCCACCUGGCUCCAGGGUACACUGUGCCGUCCGAGACGACGCAUGUGGGCGACCUGCACCAGCUGGUGUGGAUCAACGGCGCGCUCAGCAUGGCCCUCGCCGUCGUCGCCAUGCAGGCCACGGGGACCGUCCACCCGCCCGGCGGCGCGACGGCGCUCAUUGCCAGCGUCCAGCCCGCCGUCAUCGCCAUGUCCUGGCGCUACAUCUACAUUGUGCUCAUUUCAGCGCUGCUCAUGUUGGGUUGGGCCAUGGUCAUUAACAACGUCGGACGCAGACGAUACCCGGCCUACUGGUUCCACGGCACCCACGUUUUCGUGCACGCCAAGCCCAAGGACCGCGAGGAGACCGAGGACGACGUACAGAUGGCCGCUGUGGAGGGCCGCAAUGCGGGCUUUGCAGCCAUGGAGCGCGCGCUCAGCCGCUCAUGGGACGGAUCCAACGAGGCCUCGCCGCAAGAGUCCCGCCGAGGAUCCAGCUUUGGCGGGCGCCGCAUACAGUCGAUGGUGUGA